AUCGAGUCCAGCUGUCGGAUAAGAGAAAUAAUACCAAGACGUUGGGCAAAACGACAAUGACCGACGUAAUGGCGCAAGCAACCCAGACGCAGCCCGGCACUUCACAGCCCUUCGUCUCGAAAUGGGCAUCCAGAUACCGCGGGGCCACAGUCGAAGACCUCGAUCCGCCGGCGGCGCUGUCGCUGACGCCGUCGGACCCGAUCUCGCUGGCGCUCGUGUCGGCGUUCGAGCGCGACUACACGCACCUGACCAUCGUCGACGGCGAGACGCGCGCCCUGCUCGGCUACCUGUCGAUCCCGCACCUGCAGGCGCUGCUCGACGCCGGCCGCGUCCGCCCGGAGGACGAGGUGCGCACGGCCAUGAUCCGCUUCCGCCGCCGCGGCACCAAGUACAAGGUCAUCACCAUGCAGACCCCGCUCGAGGAGCUCGAGGCCUUCUUCGAGGGCCACGAGACGGGCGGCCAGAAGCAGGACUUUGCCGUCAUCACCGACGCCGCCAGGAGGUUCGUCCUCGGCGUCGCCACCCGCGCGGACCUGGAAGAGUUUGUCAACCGGAGGCCUGCAUAGUUCGAUUCGGUGCCUCUCGCCUGGCCCGACGGCCGAUAGGUGGGGGAAUGGGGAAAGCGGAAAAGGGGCCGGUAUCGAGGGAACAACAUGGGUUAAAAUAGGCGGGGCCGGGGAAGAGAUGUUAUCGAGAGUGGAACGAGCAUCAUUAACCGGCGUUACCCUUUUUUUUUUUUUUUUUGGUCAUGCAUUUGGUUUGGGAGGCGAUCUGACAAGUUGACGGGUGCAUUCAACAUGGGCGGGCGGGGAGGGA